GUUAAUCGUUAUAGGCUCAAGUUUUCUGUUGAAGGUAUCAUUAAUUCAGCCGGUAAUCCGGCCCUCGCUUGGCGGGCUGUUAUCGCCAAGGUGACGGCGCUUCGAGAACAGUAUUGCCUGCCUCCUUUGGUUUGCACAGGUACACUUAUUCAUUUACUUUAAAUACAUUUGUACUCUUUCCAUUAUUUUCCCCCAAUUACCUCCUUGGCCCUCGCACGCACAACUAUUUUAAUCAUAGAAGUUGUUUGACCUUGUUUUCGCAACUCGGUCAUAUUGGUAGGAAGACUUAA